AUGUCGACCAUUUCCAGCUCAUGUAUCGCAAAACGAACUCGCCUUCAACGACACCUUCUUUUGCAAGAAUGGUGCUGUGGUUCUUCAAGCGACCAAUCUCGAAAACGAAACAGAGAAAUAGGGGUUUCUGAACAAGAAUUUGAUGAAGUUAUUGAUGUAGAUAGUUAUUGGAUUAAGAAGAAGAGAGCUUCUAAAACAGUUAAUGGAUCCGGGAUCUCUUUUAGAUUAAAUAUAAGACUCGAGAAAUCGAUUAAGUCGGAAGAGGAAGAAAGUGACAAGGAAGAGAGCGAUGGGGUAGAGGAAAUCGAUGAUAUCGAGUUCCCAAAGAUUGUGACGGAGAGCAAUGGUUAUGGUUCGGCAAGUUCCUUUAAAACCGGGAAGCACACAUACUUUUUCUACUCGUCGGAUGACUCAGAUUCAAACGAUACAAUCAUCGUUCUUGAUGACAUCGAAGAUACUGAUGAAGAUUUUCAAACAUUCUGCAAAUAUCAUGAUCGAAAGCAAACCGAUAUGAAAACAUGCUUCUAUGAUCGGUCUACUGAAGAAGAUGAACCAUCGAGUUUUAGCGAAAGUGAGAGCGAUAACUCGGAGAACUGGGACUUUUUGCUAAACAAGAUACUGAACCAGUCCACGAGUAAUACAAACACGGGCUUGUAUCAAUCUACUAAAGAUGAUGAGCGAUCGAGUUCCAUUGAAAGCGAGAAUGACAACUCACACGAUUCGGAUUUUUUGCCACGAGUACGGAAGACAAACCAGCCCAGAAAUAGGAAGCAAUCACAUAAGAAGAACAUGGAGGAAAAGGUUUUAUUUGGAUCAGUUGACAGAAAAGAGAAGAAUCAUUCGGUACCAAAAGCAAUAACGAAGAAAAUGGACAAAAAUCCGACGCAUUGUUCGAGUGAUUCUGAUACAAAAGGAAAAACGAAUGCGAAACAUAAAGCGAAUGGUGUCAAACAUCGAGAACGUAAGAGUAAACGAGUCCUGCAAGAAGAAAAUGGUGGAUCUAUAGAUGUUAUCUUGGAUUCGAUCAUUCGGAAUGGAGGCAUUCAUGGCAAAGAGGGUGAUGAUGACGAUGAUGAUUAUCGUCUUCCUUUACGAUUCAGAUUUGAUGACAGUGAGGAUGAGUCAUUGAAUCGAAAAACAGACGAUUCAGAUGUUGAAGGUCUGUUUCGGGAGAUGGAUUUUGAGCUCGAAUGUGAAGAAAUAGGUUCCUACAAAACUUCAACGGUUGAGAAUCGAGGUAAAGACGAUUACAAAGGCAAGAACGAGGAGGAUAUCGAACCAUCUCAUUUCGAACUUUGCCAAAGGGGGGAGCACGACGAUGUUUACUUUGAAGAACAAACGGGCAUGAGAUGUGGUUUAUGUGGAGCUGUUAUUCUCGAGAGCAGAUUUGCGAUAUCAAAACUCGCAAACUAUGCACCAGAUAGAUCAAAAAGAAGUUAUGUUUCUAAUGAACAACAGUUUUCUAGCUCUGAAAACCUGCAUUUUGAAGCUUCAGAUUGGAAUCUAUGCGAGAAAACCGAAGGCACAUUCUGGGAUCUCAUUCCUACCAGGAUUCAAACCCGUUUGUAUCCCCAUCAACAAGAAGGGCUCAAGUUUUUGUGGGAAAAUUUGGCGGGAACGGUCGAGAUUUCAAGAUUACAGAAACUCGAUUCGCGAAAGGGUGGUGGUGGCUGCAUCAUAUCGCAUGCUCCUGGAACCGGUAAAACCCUCUUGACCAUCGUGUUUAUCGAGUCCUUUCUCAAGACAUUUCCCAAGUGUUGUCCCGUGAUCGUGGCUCCGGCGAGCAUGCUUUUGACGUGGGAAGCCGAGUUCAAGAAAUGGCGAAUGGGGUUUUCGUUUAUCAACCUUAAUAACUUGGAUCUUUUGAGCAAUGAGAUGGUGAAUGGCGAUAUGAAACGUAAAAAAGAUUUGAUCCGUGCGAUGAAGAUUAGUUCUUGGAGCAACGGUGGAAGCGUGCUUGGCGUGAGUUACAGUUUGUACGAAAAACUAGCUGGGAACGCGAAGAACCCAAAUCUUGAAAAAAUGGGAAACCUUUUGCUCGAUGUGCCGAGAUUAGUCGUUCUUGAUGAAGGACACACGCCUCGGAAUCAAAGUAGCAACAUCUGGAACACACUUUUGAAGCUUAAAACCAAAAACCGCGUGAUUCUAUCAGGAACCCCGUUUCAAAACAACUUCCGGGAGUUGUUCAACACUUUGCGAUUAGUAAGACCUGCAACCGCGGUUGGAAUUGAGAACGAAAAGAUUUUUGCAGAUAUGAUUCAACAGAAGAAUGGUACGAAAUCUAGAGGUUGUAGGUCGGGUUCUGAAGAUAUAGAGAAGCUUAAAACGAUCAUUUCGCCUUUUGUUCAUGUCCACAAAGGCCAUAUUCUCGAAAGCAAGCUUCCGGGGUUAAAACAAAGUGUCAUUCUGCUGAAUCCACCUCCGUUUCAAAAGCGAUUCAUCGUAAAUUUGGAAAAUUUAUCGAAAACUUUGGAGUAUGAACAUAAAGUCGCGUUGGUUUCUGUUCAUCCCUCUCUUCUCCUCCAUUGCUCGUUAUCCGAAACAGAAGAAAAGUUAACAAAAACACGAGAACUAGAAAAAGUAAGACUUCAUCCUGAUCUUGGAGUGAAAACAAGGUUCGUUAUGGAGCUUAUUCGGCUCAGCAUUUCGUUAAACGAAAAAGUUUUGAUCUUCAGCCAGUAUAUCCCGCCGUUAGAGCUGUUAAAAGACCAAAUCGCCCUCACGUUUGCUUGGGAGGAAGGAAGGGAGAUCAUGAUCAUCAAAGGAAAGAUACAUCAGAAGGUCAGGCAAACGAUCAUCAACGGUUUCAACGAUCCAAACAGUAAAGUGAAAGUUUUGCUGGCAUCGACGAAAUGCUGCUCCGAAGGGAUUCAUCUCAUCGGUGCUUCAAGGGUCAUUCUUUUGGAUGUCGUUUGGAACCCAUCUGUGGAAAGACAAGCGAUCAGUAGAGCUUAUCGGCUCGGGCAAACGAAAGUGGUGUAUACGUACCAUCUGAUGGCGGCCGGAACAACCGAGGAGGAGAAGUACGAUAGACAGGUGGCGAAAGGGCGGUUAGCGGAGCUGGUUUUUUCUUCUUCUACUUCAUCUUCUGCCAUGGAUGACGAGCAGGGUGGUGGUAUGGAGGUGAAUGAUAAGAUCUUGCAAGAAAUGAUGGAUCAUCAACAACUGAAAGAUAUGUUCAAAAAGAUCAGAUACCCUGAAAAAGAACCGUGA